UCUAACGCUAUAAUGUUGUAACUAAAAUUCGCUACCAUGGCGCCACCCAAAGUAAUCGCACCGUACCGCAACGCACGAACAUAACCAACAAAAAAAACGCUUACACAAAUGUUCGCUUACGUCCAACAAAUGUUGCGAAUUGAUGAUCAUUUCGUUUGCAUCCACUGCGGUGAGCCCACCCAGGAGCUGUACAAGAAGUACAGUGCAUCAGUUCUGAAGCUCAAAACAUGUGAUUCCUGCAAUAAGAUUGCCGAUAAAUACAUUGAGUAUGAUCCAGUGAUCAUAAUCAUCGAUUUGGUCCUGUUGAAUAGAGAAGCUUAUCGGCAUGUCUUGUACAACACUGGAUUUUCAAUCCAUUGGAAGUUGUUGAUGGUGCUGCUUCUCAUGGAAACAUACUCUGAAUGGGUGGUGAAGUUUCCUCCAGAUUACAAAACGCCAGUGGUUCUUCACAGUUACUUCACAGCAGAUUUCAGUUACUAUAAGACUUUUUUGAAAGUUGCAUCAAGAGCUGCAUCCUUUUUCGUGGUUAUCCUGAUUUUAACUGUAAUUUAUAAUUUAUGGACGAAGAAGAAGAAUUUUAAAGAGCUCUUUUUCGAUGUUUGGAAAUGCACGAUACUUUCGAGCUUCGGCAUUUUUCUGCUUCUUCCCUCCCUCAUUUGGAAUAUCGACGUGGUUCACGACUAUCAUCACAUAUUUGUAUCGUUGUAUACCACUCUUUCGCAGUUGGUCGCUUAUACAGUAACUUGCGAUUGCCACAAGCUAUGGUCUAUAUUCGUUAUACUGACUUCAUACUAUUUUAAGAUAGUCCACUUCGACUUCGUCAACGCCUGAACGGUGACAUAAUCAUUGAACUAUCCACCAGUAUUAGUUAUGAAUAAGUAACGUCUAUAAUCGUCAAGAAAUGAAGAUAUUUCAUUGAAUAAUGAUGUUAAAAAAACUAUGCUAAUAUGCCAAAAGGAAGAAACUUUCAGUUUCUAAAACGAAUGUUUUAUCGAAAAGAUCGAUAUGAUCAAAUUGUUGAUAUAUAGAAUAUCAUUAUCAAUACUUUUCAUCAUACUCUACGAAUUCGUACUGUCAUAAAAUACAUUCUGCAAAUGUACAUUUUCUUAUAAGCUUUUGUUUUCAAAUCAAAUGCCAUGUUUUUUUUAAAUGUUAAUGCUAGUAGCAGCAAAUUCAAAACUGGUUUUUAUUACAGUUAUUGCUGAU